CCCCCAUGGUCAUGCACACACAGCUGGGGAGUUGCCCGGGAGCGCCAUUCGUAUCGAGUCGCAUAUUCGCCUCGUGUUCUGUGCCGCUUGAUAUCGAAACACCUUUUGCUUGUUGGAAAUGUCUGUUGUGGAUACAUCAUGGCGCAUAGGAUUCCAGAAUAGGUGAUUAUUGAAUGUAAUGGCUGAGGGAGUUUUACAAGUGGGUUUCGUUGAAACAAUGUCAUCAGAAUCCGGUAUGAGUGACAACAUCCAAAUACAUGUGAAGCCCACUCGUUCUGAGCCUACUUACUUGAAACUUAUUCUACCAUGCCCCCUUUGAUAUAUGAUAGCAGUAUAGAUAUUCUAUUUGUAGAUACGUAACUCUAAUUUUAAUUUGGGAUUUGAUUUGUCAAUGAUUAUUCACUCGCUUCACAUACAUCAUUCAAGUUGGAUGUUCCAGGUAUUCGGGUAAUUGAUCUUGGUUCUUUUGUCAAAACUACAAAGUGAGAAUAUACAAGUCUAUAUUGGAACAACGUACUGUUUAAAGUGCUCCCCUCAGUGGAUAUCGAAAUGAUGAAACCUAAACACCAGCCACAAAACACCGCACUCAUUAUAACCUCAUCGCGUUGAGCCUACACCGAACACUAGCACCCUCCAAUCUCCAGUACACCUUCACAUCCACGUCACAACACCACCUACGAAGCACGUGUUGAGUCUGGCACACUUACACAUUGCACUCGAGGACACCUGACCAAAGCACCGCACUUUCAGUGGCUAUUCCUCGAGUAUCUUCUCCUGUAAACUUACCGUGAGAUCGUUUGAAGCAUGAAGAAUCCUAUUCUAAUCGUGCCCAGAACUCUUUGGGUCAUCUUUGUCCUCGUGGGAAAGUCAUGUUCCUUUGUGGUAAGCCCCUUCCUUGCUGAUGAUUCGAAUGGUGACGACAUUUUGAAAAAGAUGAACAACAGAUUUGGGAUAUCACAUGACAUGCCCCAGCCAAUCAUUGCCCGUUUGGUCAGGGAUGCAGAUGAUGGUGAAGAACCAACCCAAAGCCCCAAAUUCAAUCACCUCAUCCUGAUCAUCCCUUGUGUUUUGGGGGUUGUUGUUAUUACCAUAAUCGUGUUGGUGGUUUGCUACAUGCGCAGGAAAUCUGGAAUAACAAGUUGCAUCUCGGAUGAAUGGUUGAUUUGGUGUGGUCUUACGAAACGAAGUGACACUUCAUCAGAGCUUGCAAAAAAUCUCAGAUCAGCCAAUGGAUCUCGUGUUUAUUAUACAAACAGAGAAGAGGAACAGAGAAAUGGACAUGGUGGUACCAAUGUGAAGCUCUUCCCACAUGGUGUUGAUGAGGGUGGUAAUAAUGAAUCAGCCAUCAAAUUGUUACCAGGUAACCAGCAUCUCCAAACUACAGAGUGGGUUCAGAGGGAAUUCGUAGAACAAACAGGAGCAAUCCCAUCGGAAAGAUCUCCGAAUCGACCGGGCACCCCUGAUACCGGUGUCACCUCUCUACUAACUGAUGAAGAGGAUAUAUCGCCAAAAACCACUGCUGUGGUACACCAAAGUGGAACCCAUGCCAAAAUCUUCAAGUUUCAUCAUCACAGUCUUCAUGGAGAAGGACAGCAUGGAAACAAUGAGACUGAACAAGCCAGGUCGAUCCAGAUAAACAUGGGUCGUACCCUAAACAAUAUUCCAGAGAAUGGAAGCGUUGAGAACGGAAAAGAUUUGGAAGACCAUGACAAAACUGGCGGCGGUUUGGACAAAGAUAAGCACAGUAGUGGGAGUAGUAACUCAGACGACGAAGUGUUUGAAUCGGGAAUGGGUGGGAGUUGUAGGUCUACAUGUUCUGCAAAAGUAGGUUCUAACAACAACUCACAAUUUCGCGACAAGUUUACGAAAGGAGCACAUUUUUCUACAAAGAGCCCGUUUGGCGAAAGCUCUGGAAAUGGAAGACAGGUAUCAUAUGGCGGUGCCGAUCAAUUUACUUCAGAUUCGCAUAUGGUUGAGGCUCUAGUCAACCGGAACAAGCAACCUCAGGUCGAAGGCAAGAAGCAUCCUGAUAAUGGAGUGGGAAGUGAAGGGGAACGUCUCAUUUCAAUGAACUCGAAUCAACCCAGUGGAUUACUUGGUCGUUCAAGAUUGCAAGCGUCUGGCGAAUACCAGGAAAUUCAAGAAGGGAAGAGAAGGGCACCUAGAACCGCCCCUCCGGACAGCGCCUCUUCUCCAGAUACUACUGGAAGUAUUCACGCUAAUCAUGUUCAUUUGACUGUUCAAGGAAAUGUUAAGGUUGAUUUCAACAAUCAUGUCAGUGAUGUGCAUGUGGGUGAUAGAACAAUAAAUAACAACAAUCAUACUAAAAUCUUUCCUCAAAACACUAACGUUACAGGUGCAUUCAAUAAGUCUUCCACUGGACGUCAUACCCGUUAGGUUAAAAAUGUUGAUUUAUUGUACUUCUUUCCCCUUUUUUAAUCAAACGGGGUUGGAAUUUUCGCAGAAAAAGAAAGCGAGACGUUAGAUAUUUUGGGAAGAAAGAUAAUUCAGACUUUAAACAAUCCUGUGUAGUAACCUUUCAAUACAUCCCACUCCCAUUUUAUUCCACUUUUAAUUCAUUUACUGCUCUUGUCAUUAUAAGCGUAUCAAAUUUCAAGCCAUGAACUUGAAAACCAUCAAAUAGAAGGGCCCACAUUAUAAGGGUUUUGACGUCAAUACCUUAUUCACUUUAAGAAAUUGAUAUUUUGAAUGGGAAUCGAAUGAUGUGAAUUCGAAUGAUAAAUAUGAUAGAAAGUAGAAAUAAUUUCGUCUUUUGUUCUCAUAUACUAUUUUAGAGUUUGUCUUUGAAAUAUCAUACCUUUAAUUUUGAUAGGGUAAGGCCAUUUUUCUUUAGCAGCACGAAGGGGAAAAAUGACAAAUAAGAAUGCACCAGACACAUUCAAGGCCAAUGUGUGGGGCAAUAAGGCAUAUCACGUGAGCAUUCCAUGGCCAUGUUCUUCGAUGGCCGUGGAUAGAUUUAAGCCCUGGAAUCUCUUAAUUGGGGAGAAAUAUGAGUGAUAAAAUGCAUUUUUUUAAAUCUGCUCCCAAGACUGUCCAAAUAAUUCUAUUGAUUGUAUAUAUGUAGAAAGGCAUUUGACCCAUCUUAUUUCCCAAUGUUGUGUCCAGAUACUGAGGGCAAUAUUUCAAAAGUUAACUCGGAAGUAUCUGUCUAUGAAAAGAAAAAGGGAAAGUUGAAAGUUUUGUUGAAUAUGAAAUGAGAUGGCGAUCUUAUGAUAUUUUAAUACUUUUGGAAAUGUAUAUUCUAUUUCACUAUGGUACAUUUGAUGAUAAACUUGCAAUGGACACCUGAUAUAGUGCUGUAAAUUGUUUUAAACAUCAUUUUUGUGCUCAUUCAAUGUAGACGUUUGUAUGACAAAAAAAAAUUAUUGCAUUUUAUUUGAAAAAUAUAUGAUAUACAGUACAUGAUUGAAAGCAAUAUGUAAGUAAAAACUUAAUGGAAAACGUAUUACUUUUAUAACGAAUUCAUUAUCAGCUAAUCAAAUCGUGUAUAUAUUCAUAGUAUUUCGGUAGCUUAUAAAAGAUAAAUUUUGUUGUUGCUACACAGACACAUUAUUGAAUGGUGGAAUAUCAUCACUGCCAUCAAAAUUUCCUUUAAUCCAUAUUUGCCUACACUUAAACGAGUAUACUUGAGAGUACUAUAAAAACUUACUAUUUUUAAUGUAUUGAAAUUUGAAUGCUGCAUGAUAUCAUUACACUCUUUACCGUCAAAUACAGCUUUACUGUCAAUAUCAUACGAGUAAUUAAUUCAAAGAAUUUAGUUAACACCAUUUUGAACAUCAUCAUUCAUCAGAGCAAAUAUGUAAAGUAUAGAUAGCGACUAGAAAUUAUUUGAAGAUUUUGUCAUAUUUGGAAGGGUUGUAUUAUUUAUAAUAUUUUGUUAUAAUAUGUGUAGCUUUCUGUCAAUUUAACUCGGUCGAUAGUCAGGUGCACUCAAGUUACUUGUGCGUAAAUAUUCUAGUAUUAGUUAGGCUUUAUGGGUUCCGUGGUGAAAUAUCUAAAGCCUAUCAUAAGCUUUUAGAUGUCGGAUAAUUCGAAAUAUAUUCUAACUUUCCAAUCUUACAAAGGUUGAGAGUAACUGUUAUGUAAUUUAUGUGAUUCUUUAUGGAAUAUAAAAUCUGCCGUUGUGAGAGAUAUUGUGCCCUAGCUGAGAAAUUUUAUUUCAUAAUAGCAAAAUACCUAUGUAUUUACUAACGAAUUUCUAAAAAUAUGUAGAAAGGUUAUUGACUAAAAUAUCUGUCUCGUUCCAUUUAAUACAAGAUGAUGAUAUACACAGAAGAAACGUGAGCUCUGUGGGGAAUUGAUAUUUUCAUUGUAAAUUUUACCAAUGAACGAUAGGUUUGUAUUGCUUGUAUCACAUAUUGUGUAUUAUAUAUAAAUAUAUAUAUAUAUAUGUAUAUAUACUCUUCCAUUCUAUCUGAAAAUGAAAUUUCUCAAAGCAAUAUUCAUCUAAACUAACAAAACAAUUUAUGUUUUAAUUAAAAAUGCACUAUGUGCCAAACAAAACGGCUUGUCAACUAUUUUACCAUUGUACCAUUAUGAGAUGUAAAUAUUGACGGUAAAUGGUUUUGUAUUGGUUGGAUAUACGAUAUUUUUGUAUUUUACUUGGUGUGUUUUAAUAAUAUAUAUUUGUUUGGUCAAUUUUAGUGUGCAGCUUUCAUAAUUUUCAAUACCAUUUGCAUAAAUCAUUGUCAUUUUACUUUAAAUGUGCAAUUGAAAUAGGCCUACAAAUUACUUUUAUAUAUAUAUAUAUAUAUAUAUAUCGUAAUUGUUUUAUUCUGAAAUGUUAUAGUCGCUGCUGCUAUGUGUCACUUAAACAAACAUGUAAAGACUGUUCCAAUACUAAAAGCUUGAUUAAUCAUAUGACAGCUUUUUUAUAUGUCUUCACAACUAUAACGUUGUCUGGUAAAUCUAACCUAAGUAUAUCAGCAUUGUUUGGGCGUUUCCUCAGCCUAGGCUAUAUCCUUCAUUUUAAACUUGCAGUACUCUGUGAAACUGUCUUUCACUUGUUAAUCUUAAUUAUUAUUGCGAAUAAAUUCUCAAAUCAA